AUCUCUGUUGUUUCCUCGUUUUGUCUACACAAGCAUAGAUUUGUGUCCAUAUGCUUCUACAUGUACUUAAAAAUACACGAUUAUUUUAUGCAGUGAGCUAAUGCUUAUAAAGUGCUUAGCAUGGUGCCUGGCAAGGGCUUAAUAAAUGUUAGCUGUUGUUAUUAACGCCCAUCAGUACAGCACAGUAAGAACACAGGCUCCAGGGUCAGAUAGCCUGCGUUAGGAUCCAGGCUCUGCCAUUUGCAGACUGUUCGAUCCCGGCUGGUGAGAAGUUGGGUUCCUCUUCUCCAAGAUGUACAGGACCAAAGUGGGCUUGAAGGACCGCCAGCAGCUCUACAAGCUGAUCAUUAGCCAGCUGCUCUACGACGGCUACAUCAGCAUUGCUAACGGCCUCAUCAAUGAGAUCAAGCCUCAGUCUGUCUGUGCACCCUCAGAGCAGCUCCUGCAUCUCAUCAAACUAGGAAUGGAAAAUGACGACACUGCAGUUCAGUACGCGAUUGGCCGCUCAGAUACGGUGGCCCCAGGCACAGGAAUUGACCUGGAAUUUGAUGCAGAUGUCCAGACUAUGUCCCCAGAGGCUUCAGAGUAUGAAACCUGCUAUGUCACAUCCCAUAAAGGACCAUGCCGUGUAGCCACCUACAGUAGAGAUGGACAGUUAAUAGCUACUGGAUCUGCUGAUGCCUCCAUAAAGAUACUCGACACAGAAAGAAUGUUGGCCAAAAGUGCCAUGCCAAUAGAGGUCAUGAUGAAUGAGACUGCACAGCAGAAUAUGGAAAACCACCCAGUGAUUCGGACUCUCUAUGACCACGUGGAUGAAGUCACAUGUCUCGCUUUCCACCCAACAGAACAGAUCCUUGCCUCUGGUUCGAGGGAUUAUACUCUCAAAUUAUUUGAUUAUUCCAAACCAUCUGCGAAAAGAGCCUUCAAAUACAUUCAGGAAGCCGAAAUGUUACGCUCCAUCUCCUUUCACCCUUCCGGAGACUUUAUACUCGUUGGGACACAGCAUCCUACGCUUCGGCUCUAUGAUAUCAACACGUUUCAGUGUUUCGUCUCUUGCAAUCCUCAAGAUCAGCACACCGACGCCAUAUGUUCCGUUAAUUACAAUCCUAGUGCCAAUAUGUAUGUGACUGGUAGCAAGGACGGCUGCAUCAAGUUAUGGGACGGUGUUUCGAAUCGGUGCAUCACGACUUUUGAGAAAGCACAUGACGGUGCUGAAGUUUGUUCUGCCAUUUUUUCCAAAAAUUCCAAAUACAUUCUUUCAAGUGGAAAAGACUCUGUAGCUAAACUUUGGGAAAUAUCAACAGGACGAACGCUGGUCAGAUACACAGGUGCGGGCCUGAGCGGCCGGCAGGUGCACCGGACGCAGGCGGUCUUCAACCACACGGAGGACUACGUGCUGCUGCCGGACGAGCGGACCAUCAGCCUGUGCUGCUGGGACUCGCGGACGGCCGAGCGCCGUAACCUGCUGUCGCUGGGCCACAACAACAUCGUGCGCUGCAUCGUGCACUCGCCCACCAACCCUGGCUUCAUGACGUGCAGCGACGACUUCAGAGCCAGGUUCUGGUACCGGAGGUCCACCACCGACUAGGCCGCGUCCUGCCGCAGGCUUCUCUCCGCGAGCCGGCCCCUCCCUCCCCGUGUCCCGUCAGCCACCAGCCUCAGUAGUAAGUCGUUGCACCAUCUCUGGCAGUGGGGCUGCCACCUCUACGGCCUUCUUGGAUUUGGACAAAAGAAUCUUUUUUUACCUUGAUGUAGAAUCAUGGUGGAAAAAGUGGGAAACGCAGAUCUGUGCGGUUCUGCAUUCACUGAUUAUUACAGUGUGAUUUUCAUCGCUUUUGUAAAUACAGGACUUGCCAUUUCUCUCGAAUCUCCUGAUCAUUUGAAGAAGGAUAGAGUAUUAAAGUGCUUUCUAGAUCUCAAGUGGCUCUGUCGUGAGGAAUCUCCACCGGGUUCUCUUGUCUCUCGUGCCUGGUCCACACCCUCUGUAUAUUCCCUUUCAGAAUACAUUUUGGCAGAUGAAUAGGCAUACUGCUCUGAGAAUCAAGAGUUUUGUGCCAUAUUAAAACCAUUUUAGAGACUCUAUCAAUUCUUUUCUAAAGUGACAUCAUUCUGAUGAUAAAGCUCAAUAAAAUUAAUGGCCAGUUUUCCUGAAAA